AUGUCAAUCAUAUCCUUCAUCAUCCGGAUUCUCCCAAUCCUCCUCCUCACAACGCCCACCGCAUCCCUUAUCACCGAUCCUGUAGCUCUCACCGUCAAUAUGCCACGCAGCACUUCUGCCCCUCUCACAGACUGCGCUUCUGUCUGCGCACUCAUGGAGACGCAGAUACACCAAGUACCCGGGCCAGAUCAAGGUUCGCUGUUCCGAAGCCUGUGCAUAAACUCCGGGAGAAAUGACUGCGACACUUUACAGGCAGAGUUCAGAGUCGAGCUUGUUGGUAAAGCGGACGGGUUUAAGUGUCUUUGUGCGAGAAACGGUGUCCCAGGGGAAGAGUACUCGAGCACCACUACGACAACUAGCACUAGUACUAUCACAAUGACAGAAUGGGAUGUACCCGCCGCGGAUACUACUAGUGCCCCUACAGCUAAGGAAGCAGCCAGCACUGACACCGCAGAGCAAGGCAAGGCCACAGGUGUGGCAUCUGUAGCUACCUCCUCAGUAUCUAUGAAUACGGAACCAACACAACCGUCAGUUACAACUCCGAUCCAAACCUCCGUUUCAGACCCAAUAACAACGGCACUAAUUGAAACUCUAUUGCCAAGUAUUAGAUCUACAAUAUUGAGUACACAUACCACAUUAUCAACAGUUAGAUAUGCUGUCUCACCUACUUCCAAGUCUCCCACCACCAGUUCCACCCCUAAAGCGACACCACCAAAUUUGGAGGCAGAACUAAAUACAAUCAACCAGCCACAACCCUCAAAGAAGCCUAAAUCAGGGGCUAUCGUAGGGAUUGUACUUGGUGUGUUAGCUGUGUGUGCAAUCAUUGGCGGUGGAGUGUGGUACAUCAGGAAAAGACAGAUGGCGAAGGUUGCGGAAAAGAAGUUUGAUUAUGAUUAUUAG